AAUCCACAGACACGUGUACCCUUAACGUAGUUCUCAGGGAGAUUCAGCGUGACACAGAGUGUCACAAGGCUGACCCAACAGAAACAGGAAGUAAGAGUGAGAGAAAGUUGUGGUGAAAGAGUACAGCAGGGUUCGCCAUCACCCCCUGCCGGAGACUCAUGAAGCUUUAGGUGUUUUCGCUCAAUAAACACUCACAACGCCCGUUCUGGGAAUCGAAACCGCGAGUCCGCUGCCCUAACCACUGGGCCAUUGCGCCUCCACAGCGUCAAAUAUACCCCAUAAGAAAAUGUAUGUACAACGACGGUUUUUGAACACUGAUGAACGAAGCGCACACAGACACACAUACGUGUCCUUGUGCUUGUACCCUCCUCGACUGUCUGAUAAGCUCUGUUGGUUUCGGUAAAAGACUACUGUAAAAUUAGCGCUAGACAUGAAAAUAAGCAGUGGAGUUUUGUUUCUUUUGUCCAUUAUUCGGAUACGUUUCUUACAAUUCGCAUUUUCAAAAAGUAAUUAUAGCAAUUAGAAAUAAAAAAAAAAUUGCCGCCUUAGUUUUAGCAAUCGACAAAACGAGGUACAAAACAUUCCGAAUGAAAGUUCGUUUCGUUAAUUUUUCUGUGUCGGUUUUUCGCAAUGUCUUCGAAUUAAAUUUACCGUUAGAGCGCUUCUUUGAAGAAUUAAAAAUCCUUGUCAUUAAACACCUAUUCAUUUAAUCAUUACAGAAUAUCAGACAUCUGUGGCAUAAACAAGUUUUUCCUGCAGAUACAUUCAUGAAUAUUGAUCAUCUUUUGAAGACUAAUGGAAGAUGUUAUAAAUAAUAGACACAAGCCUGCUUAUAGAAUAUAUCUAUGGUAAAUAGCUGUGAAAUAUUUUCUGAUUUAAUAGCACCAUUUUCUCUUCCGCAUUGCCUGGUAUAUAUUUAUAAAAGCAUUUCAUAUUCUGUUUGGACUUGGAAAAAUCUGCAAAGAUCAGACUUUGCUGGAAAUAUAGCAGUAGAAGUAUUUGAAACAUUAUAGAAAUAUAUUAAAAAAACGUAAACAAGAAGUAUAUCAUUUGUGGUUGUAUAAGAAAUAUAGAACAAUGAGUUAUGUGAAAAAUGUAAAGGAUGACUUAUUUUCUGAAGAGAUGGCAAAAGAAAGAGAAAAACCAUUAUACCAUUGUGAUAUUUGUAAAAAGUCGUUGUCUAGUCAGGGAAAUCUCAACGUUCACAAACGUAUUCAUACAGGUGAAAAGCCACAUCACUGUGAUAUUUGUGGUAAAUCAUUCUCUGAAAAAGGUACACUUGAUACUCACAAAUACAUUCAUACAGGUGAGAGACCAUAUAAGUGCGAUAUUUGUGGUAAAUCAUUCUCUUACACAAGCAGCUUCAAUAAACACAAAAACAUUCACACAGGACUGAAACCAUAUAAUUGUGACGUCUGUGGCAAAUCAUUCUCUCAAAAGAGUGGCCUUACUACGCACAAAUACAUUCAUACAGGAGAGAAACCAUAUACCUGUGAUAUCUGUAAUAAAUCAUUCUCUCUAAGAAAGAAUUUAGCUGAUCACAGACGCAUUCAUACUGGAGAAAAACCAUAUCAGUGUGAUAUCUGUGGUAAGUCGUUCUCUCAAAAAAAUUCUCUUACUUCUCACAAAUACAGUCACACAGGAGAGAAACGAUAUUACUGCGAUGUCUGUGGUAAGUCUUUCUCUCAAAAAUGUAAUGUUACUUCUCACAAAAGUAUUCAUACAGGAGAGAAGCCACAUUGCUGCGAUAUCUGUGGUAAAUCAUUCUCUUUAGGAAGUAGAUUAACUAUCCACAUACGUAUUCAUACAGGAGAGAAGCCAUAUUGCUGUGAUAUCUGUGGAAAAUCUUUCAAUGUAAAACAUAUGUUAGUUGAACAUGGACGCAUUCACACUCGUGAAAAGCCAUACCACUGUGAUACCUGUGGAAAAUCAUUCUCUCGUAAAGGUACCUUAAACCAACACAAAUCCAUUCAUACAGGAGAGAAGCGAUAUCACUGUGAUAUCUGUGAUAAAUCAUUCUCUGGAAGAAAUAAUUUUGCUGAUCACAUAUACAUUCACACAGGAGAGAAACCAUAUCAUUGUGACGUUUGUGGUAAAUCAUUCUCUUAUAGAACCGGAUUUACUACUCAUAAAUUCAUGCACACUGGUGAGAAACCACACCACUGUGAUAUCUGUGGUAUGUCAUUCUCUCAAAAAAGGAGUGUUACUAUUCACAAACGUAUUCAUACAGGAGAGAAACCGUUUCAUUGUGACAUUUGUGGUAAGUCAUUUAGUUACAGAAGUGCCCUUACUAGGCACAAAUAUAUCCAUAGAAGUGAGAAAACAUAGCACUUAGAGAUCUUGGUAAGUCAUUCCCUUGAAGAAAUAAGUUAGCUGAACAGAGAUACAUUCAUACAAGAGAAACCACGUGAUUUUUGUGGUAAGCCAUUCCCUCAGGUAACUUAAGUUGACACAAGUCACGUCUGUGUGAUAUUUGUGAAAAGUCAUUUCCUGGCAAAAAUGAUUUGGCUGAUCACAAAUGCAGUCACACAGGAGAGAAACCAUAGCAUUGUGAGUUCUGUAAUCAAUCAUUCUUUUGUAGAAAUCACUUAACACAAACAUAUACAAGAAAAGACUGUGUUAUCUCUGCUAAAUCAUUCUCUCAAUAACGUUUCUUAACUGAUACUUUAGUUCUUUCAUGUAUGGUUGAUGACAUGAAACUAAAACUGAUGGUUGUUUUUAAGAGAAACCAUUGUACCAAAGGAGAAAUUUCCAAAAGGAAAUGUCAUCCAUGUACAAACACAAGGAUGGAUGGAUGAAGGUGAAUAAAGUAAGUUUGUAAUUUACCACCUGGUGGACUAUGAAAGGAAAAGAGCUUGCUUGUGUGGGAUCACUUUAGGGUACAUCUAGUGAAGUAUGUUGUUGAUAGCCUCCAAUCACAAAAUACUGAUAUAGUUGUAAUUCCUGGUGGACUUAUAAAUGUUUUGCAGCCAUUAGAUGUAAGUAUCAAUAAGCCAUUUAUGAACGUGAUGUGAAUGGAGUGGAAUAACUGGGUGCAUGAUGGAGAAAAAAUGUACAUGAAAGGAGGUAGUAUCAUUGCUUCUGAUCUGAGAAUGGAUCGUUGAUUCUUGGAAGGAAAUAAAAGUUGAAACUGUUGCCAGAUCAUUCAAGAAAUGUAGAAUUUCGAAUGCAUUAAAUGGUACAGAAGACGAUUGUCUAUGGGAUGAUGAAGAAAUGGAUAAUGUGCUACCUCUGACUUAGGACAGCAAAGAUGAAGAGAAUCGUUAUGAUGAUAUCAUUAAUUCUGAUGAUUAUGAAGCUUUAUUUAGUGCUGAUGAUAAUGAACAGAUUGACUUUUUAGAGUUUUAAUGAAAUCUUUUGUGUAAAAUUUUUAAAAUGUACCUUGUAUUGUAAUCGUAAUUUAAAGUUGUAUUCCGGUAAAUGUUUGCAUAAAUAAAAAAAUUGAUAAUUUA